UUUUAGUCCAAACACCCAGACAAGCAACAUUUCACACGUUAGGGUUUCGUUCCCGCGCACUCUGAAGUCUUAACUGAAUAACUGAAAUCCACACCUCCAGCUUCUCGGCCAGAUUAAGAACAUAUUGAUGGAUACAUCCGACCCAUCAAACGAUCUCGACGAGCCAGUUGGUUCUGACGAGGCCAAGAAUCUCGAGGCUUUAAUUACAAAAUGCUCAGGUGACUUUGAUUCAUGGACUUCACUCAUAGCAGAGAUUGAAAAAGCAUCACCUGAUGAUAUGGGGAAGAUCUCUUUAGUGUAUGACUCCUUCUUGUCUGAGUACCCACUGUGCUAUGGUUACUGGAAGAAGUAUGCUAAUCACAUGGCACGGUUAAACACUAUUGACAAGGCUGUUGAGGUUUAUGAACGAGCCGUGCAGUCAGCAACCUACUGUGUUAAUCUGUGGGUUGAAUACUGUAGCUUUGGUAUGUUGUUAUUUGAAGAUCCAGUUGAUGUUCGGAGAUUAUUUGAAAGAGGGAUAUCAUUUGUUGGAAAGGAUUACUGGUGCUAUUUCCUGUGGGAUAAAUAUAUUGCAUUUGAGUAUUCUCAGAAGCAGUGGAGCUCCCUAGCUUAUGUUUACAUCCGAACCCUGAGAUUUCCAAACAAAAAGCUGCACAGCUAUUAUGAUAGUUUUAAGAAAUUGGCUGCCAUUUGGAAAGAUGAGAUAGAAUGUCAGAAUAAGAGUGCCAAAAAAGAACAAUCGGAGGUUGUACUUAAUUGUGAAACUAGAGAAGCUGCAUCUUAUCAAGAGAAGGAAAUCUUGGGUGCCAUCAAAGACAUCUUCAAACCAGCAAUUGGCUUGCAUAAUUUUAAAGGACUGCAGAAAUAUUUAUUGGCUGGAGAAUGGUUCUAUCAGAAAGCAAGAAAAUUGGAUGCAAAGAUCCAUUGCUUUGAAAGUCAAAUCCGGAGGCCUUAUUUUCAUGUAAAGCCACUUGAUGCCAAUCAGUUGGAAAAUUGGCAUCACUAUCUCGACUUUGUGGAGAUGCAAGGAGAUUUUGACUGGACUGUAAAACUUUAUGAGAGAUGCUUAAUUCCCUGUGCUAAUUACCCUGAAUUCUGGAUGCGGUAUGUGGAACUUAUGGAAACUAAAGGGGGAAGAGAGAUGGCAAACUUUGCACUUGUUCGAGCAACACAAGUUUUUCUAAAGAGAGUGCCAGCAAUUCAUCUUUUCUGCGCUAGGUUUAGGGAGCAAAUAGGAGACGUAGUUGGUGCCCGUUCUGCAUUUCCUCGAUGUGAUCCAGAAUUGGACUCUGACUUCAUUGAAAGUGUUGCAAAAGAAGCCAAUAUGGAAAAACGUCUGGGAAAUUUUGGAGCAGCUUCUAAUGUAUAUGAAAAAGCACUUCAGAUGGCCAAAGAGAAACAGAAUUCACAUUUUCUUUCAAUUCUUUAUGUUCAUUUUUCACGGUUUAAGUACAUGAUCACCGGUAGCAUAGAUGCUACUAGAGAAGUCUUAAUUGAGGGUAUUCAUCAUUUGCCAUAUUGCAGAUUACUUUUAGAGGAAUUAAUAAACUUUGAGAUGAUGCAUGGAGGGCCAAGGCAGGUGAAUGUGUUAGAUGCAAUUGUAGCCAAUGCAAUCUCUCCACGGUCAGAUGUAUCCAAAGGUUUAAACACUCAAGAUCGUGAGGAUAUAUCAAGCUUAUAUUUAGAGUUUCUGGACCUCUGUGGAACCAUCCAUGAUAUCAUGAAGGCAUGGAAUCGUCACUGGCGGCUUUUCCCACAUUUGAUGAGACCUCCUUUCCCAUGUAAGCAUCCAGCCAAAGGGAAUCACACCCAAGAAAUGGCCAAAGAAGUAAGACGAGAUACUCUUAUUCCCCUUCCUAGUUGUGCUUCUGAAAAUGAUAGCUCUCAUGACCCAUUUGAACAUCCAAGGUUAAACCAGAAAUUCUCUGUGUAUGAAAAUCCUGAUAUACAGUCUAACAACAGUGCCACUGGCCAGUCCCAAUUAGAAGAAGCUAAUGAUGUCAGACAAGAGCAAAUGCAACAGGUAACAUUACCAGCUGUAGAAGAAGAAUCUUGGCAAGAUGCAGUCAAGCAGAAUGAGGAUGCUUAUGAUUUAGUGCAUGAAGCCCAUAAUGGUCCUCAAUCUACAGAGGCUGUGCAAAAGUAUUCCAACAAGGAAAACAAACUUUGUAAAGCAUCUGACCAGGAGUCCAAAUUUGAUCCUAAGUUGCCUUCACUCGAGGGUCUUUCAUUAAACACAGAUCAUGAACAGGAUUCUGCUCAUACCACAUCUCGUGGCUGUGAAGCUCCUCAAGAAACUCCUAGGUCGAAUGGAAGCAGAUUACAAGAUGGUGGUGAUGAUAAGGAUAUUUCUGUAUCUAAUAUGCCGUGCACCAAAGCCGAUGACCCUGCUGGGGUUCAUUCUCAAACAGAAAAUGAUUCUCCACAUAAGGCCAUGGAUCCAGGUUCUCCACAAGCACAGACACAUUCACAAUCUAUAUCGCAUACAGAUGGCCCAUUGCAUCAUAAUGUCAUCAAUGGAGGAAACUUGCAUCAGAUGAGUUUUACCGGGCAAACUCCUAGAGAUACCAAUCUUGGAUUUCAUGGGUAUCCUCAAGCCCAGCAUCCUCAACAAUGGCAGGUUUCUCCAAAUUCAUCUGUCCAACCUGCUGAAAUUCACUCCCAAAUGCCAAUGAACCAAGGUUAUCCCUGUCAGCCUCCAUCCUGGCAAAUCCCACAGGUUCAGCAUGGCCCCCAAGUGCAAAACCAGCAUCAGGUGGCUUCUGCUCAUGUUCAAACAGCGGGUGCUCUCGUCUGGCCAGCUCACAAUGUUCAGCAGCAGGGCUUUGCAUGUGCACCACAUUCACAAGUGGUCACUCAACAUGUUUCCUACCCUCAAGGACAUGUUUAUCCAUAUCCACUGCAAAAUAGUGAACAGAAUGGACAUAUGCAAAUCAAUGAAGCAUAUGCUACUCAGAUGUGGCAAUAUUAUUAUUACCAGCAGCAGCAACAACAACAACAUCAACAACAUGUUCAGCAGUUACAGUACCAGCAGCAGUCACAACAGCAGCAACAACUUCAGUACCAUCAACAGCAGCAGCAGCAGCCACAACAAGCACUGUAUCAUCAACAUCAACAGCAGCCACAACCACCACAUUGCCAUCAACAGCAGCAACAUCCACAAAACCAGCAGCAGCAGCCACCACAACACAAUAAUCACCAUCAGCAGCAACAACAGAUAACAUCAUUGCAGAUGCAGACAUGGAACAACUAUUACCAACAGGUUCAAGGAGUUGCUGAGCAUAACAUUGAAGAAUCUAGACCUAUUGCACAUCCCCAUCCUUCUCAGCAACCUUCUAAUCAAUGAAAUGGUGAGGUUUCAUGCAGAGGUACAUAAUAAUUAUAGCAACAUAUAUUAACAAACAACUGAAGAGUAUCCUUGUACCUAAAAUUGAAAUGGUAUUUGUUAAAAUAAUUUAGUUGUUGGUGUUAGGGUC